CAAACUGCGUUGCCUCUUUUGUUAUUAAACUGAUGCUGCCACCCCUGCAUGUGCCAUUCUUUAAAUUUCUUCCCACUCUUAUUAGUUUGUUUACAUUAUUCAUGAGAAGGAAUCUAUAUAUUCUUCGUAAAGUCAGCAGUUGAAUUCUGAGAUUUUGGUGCUUGACAAAAAAACUACUUACAGUUUAACAUGAGGGAGAUUGUACAUAUCCAGGCUGGCCAAUGUGGCAACCAGAUUGGGUCAAAGUUCUGGGAAGUGAUAUCGGUGGAACAUGGAAUCGAUGCCUCUGGAGUCUACCAAGGAAAAUCUUCCAAACAACUGGAACGGUCUUACGUCUAUUUCAAUGAAGCAUCCAGCGGCAAAUAUGUGCCACGGGCCAUCCUCUUGGAUUUAGAACCAGGAACAAUGGAUUCUGUCCGGUCCGGUCCAUACGGCAACCUAUUUAGACCCGACAACUAUGUAUUUGGUCAAACAGGAGCUGGCAAUAACUGGGCCAAAGGACAUUAUACAGAGGGCGCUGAACUUGUUGACACUGUUUUAGAUGUAAUCCGAAAAGAAUGCGAAGGUUGUGAAUGUGUCCAAGGAUUCCAGAUGACUCAUUCGCUGGGUGGCGGUACUGGAGCUGGUAUGGGUACCUUACUGAUUAGUAAAAUCCGGGAAGAAUACCCGGAUCGAAUCAUGACUACAUUUUCUGUGAUGCCUUCUCCCAAAGUAUCCGACACAGUUGUCGAACCUUACAAUGCCACCCUGUCUGUCCACCAAUUGGUUGAGAACACAGACGAAACCUUUUGUAUUGAUAAUGAGGCUCUCUAUGACAUAUGUUUCCGGACCCUCAAGCUACCCAAUCCUACCUAUGGGGAUUUGAACCAUCUUGUAUCAGCAACAAUGUCUGGCGUCACCACCUGCCUUCGCUUCCCAGGACAACUGAAUGCUGACCUACGAAAACUUGCAGUCAACAUGGUGCCAUUUCCUCGGCUCCACUUUUUCAUGCCCGGUUUCGCUCCACUCACAUCCCGCGGCAGCCAACUGUAUCGCUCGCACAGCGUUUCUGACUUGACACAGCAACUGUUCGAUGCCAAAAAUAUGAUGGCUGCCUGCGAUCCUCGUCACGGCCGUUAUUUAACUGUUGCCGCCGUCUUCAGAGGACAGAUGUCUAUGAAAGAGGUUGAUGAGCAGAUGUUUAGCAUUCAAAAUAAGAAUAGUCCCUUCUUUGUUGAGUGGAUCCCUAACAAUGUGAAAACUGCUGUCUGUGACAUCCCACCCACAGGUCUGGAGAUGUCCGCUACCUUCAUUGGUAACAGCACCGCAAUCCAGGAAAUCUUUAAGCGAAUAUCAGAACAAUUCACAGCAAUGUUCCGACGCAAAGCUUUCCUACAUUGGUACACAGGAGAAGGAAUGGAUGAAAUGGAAUUUACAGAAGCUGAGUCAAACAUGAAUGAUUUGGUGUCAGAGUAUCAACAGUACCAAGAGGCUCGGGCCACCGAUUCCGAUGAAUAUGAUGAGGAAGAUCAAUAUAAUGAACAAGAAUAAACAAAUAACAUUGCAGUUACUGUUGCCAUACCAAUUCAAUAACGAUAAUGAUCGUAUUUAUAAUAAUAAUAAUAAUAAUAAUAAUAAUAA